GUGAGAGUCACUGGAUGGAGGAUGAGGUAGCCAUGUUGUAGCAGGACUACACUGGAUCACACGUUUUCGGAGAAAGUCCUGUCCACCGGGUUCCGUUUGGAAGCUUGGGCCUUUGUACGGCACCAUGAGCAGCGGCGGAACGCCCUAUCUGGGCAGUAAGAUCAGCCUGGUGUCAAAGGCGGAAAUCCGCUAUGAGGGGAUCUUGUACACCAUCGACACCGAGAACUCCACCGUGGCCCUGGCCAAAGUGCGCUCGUUCGGGACGGAGGACAGGCCCACCGACAGACCCAUUCCCCCCCGAGAUGACACCUUUGAGUACAUCAUCUUCAGAGGCAGUGACAUCAAGGACCUCACGGUGUGUGAGCCCCCCAAACCUCCGUCUUCCAUCCCUCAGGACCCCGCUAUUGUCCAGUCGUCCAUCAGCUCACCAUCGUCCUCAGCUGCCUCCACGCACACACCUUUUCAGACACCAGCCUCUUAUGGACUAUUCAAUCGAGCCCCAGCUCCUGCCUACAACCAGUUCAGCACGAGCCCUUUAGUCUCCCCCCAGUUUGGACCCGUUGGUGUUGGUCAGAGCAGCCCUCCUGUGGAUCCGUUAAGGAAGAGCCCUGCACAGGAUCCGGUCGUUCAGCCUUCUCCAGCUUCCACCACGGUCCCUGGCCAUGGUCACCGUAGCCCUGCCCAAUCUCGCCCUGCCUCAUCCACUGUUACCCAGAGCAGCCAAAAGUCUCACCAGCAGGAUGGGACUGAGCCCAGGAGAGGCGAGUCCACGAGAGGAGGCCGGGGCGCUGGCUCAGGGUGGUCUGCGCAAAGGUCACACUCUGCUGCUGAAAGAGCUGCGGCAGGCGGUCUUGCACACACGGUGUACAACCAGACCGGUGAGCCGCACUUUGGAUUUGGUGAUUCAACCAGCCUUUACAUUUCUCCUUCCUUUGUUCCAGCUGGGGUGGCAGCUGCCAACCGCCGCGGACGUGGCGGCGGUCACCGUGGCCGGGGUCGAUUCAAUGUCCGUCGAGACGGCCCGAUGAAGUUUGAGAAGGACUUUGACUUUGAGAGCGCCAACGCUCAGUUCAACAAGGAGGAGAUCGAGCGAGAGUUCCAGAGCAAACUCAAACUAAAAGAUGAGAAGAGUGAGAAGGCGGUGAACGGAGAGGAGAGCAGUGAGGCUGCAGCAGAGACUCCCACCACGCAGAGCAACGACGACGAGGGCGACCCGCUCGGCCCCAACUGCUACUACGACAAGUCCAAAUCCUUCUUUGACAACAUUUCCUGUGACGACUCCAGGAAGUCCAGUGACAAGUCUGGGGCUGCUGGCUUUCCCAGGGAGCGGAGGCAAACGUGGGCGGAAGAGCGUCGGAUGAACGCAGAGACUUUCGGCCUCCCGCUCCGACGGGGUCGCGGAGGUUACCGCGGGCGAGGCGCCAUGGGUUUCCGCGGUGGCCGAGGUCGCCCCAACAGUCGGGGCUCCUUCGGCCCGCCACAAGGGGGUGCAGCGGGGUACAGGGGCGGAUACAGAGGAAACCAGGCUGGCCGGGAGUUUGCAGACCUAUCAGCUUACAGGAAGGACAACAAAGUGGCAGCGUAGUCCACCACAGAGACGCAGCGCUUCGGCACAUUGAAAUAGUUUUAUCGGCAACAUUAUUUUUAUUUCCAACUAAAGGUUAAUGUGGAUGUAAAAUUGUCACCAGCACUGAGCGACGCUUCCCUGUAACCUCCUCCUCCCACUCACACACAUAGACACUCAGAUGCUCUUCUUUAUUGCAGCCAGAUAAUUCACCCUACAGCGCCCCCUGCUGGCUUUGACUCCUCUGUUUACUCUAGCACUUAACCCUGAGUGAUGUUACAGUGACAUGUCAGCUACAGGUUCAUACCAGGGACCCCAGGGAAGUGGGGUCACGGUCGUACCACUUCUCCACCGCGUUUCCUCCUUAAUAUUUAAUUAAUAAUUGUCAACGCUUUACUUACAGACGGAAGUCAGCACAGUGGCUACGAUGGUCGGGUUGGUUUCCUUAGUUCACUUCUGGAUUUACAAAACAGGCCGUUGAUACUUGGCUUGGCUAGCUCAAAACGGGAAGUGUUGCCAUGGCAACUUGAGGCCGUACUGUAAAAUGUGAAAGCCCACUGUCGUAGUUGUGAUGUCACACUUGAGCAGCCACAGCUGCACUGUCGCCCAUUCAGUUCAGAGGUGACCGCUCUCGUACCAAUGAGCAACACGCUGAGUUUCCUUACUUAUAAAACAAGCCCCUAUAGAAGAGGCCUUGAAGAAAGGUUCGCGUGCAAUGGCGAAGGGAAGGUGGUUCUCCUGAGCCCCUUUUAGAUUUUGGGUCUUAAAUGUUUUAGUUUAAACAUCCCAAAGUUCAUUUUAUCAUGCACUUCGGUGUGACAUGCAAUGACCUUUAACCUUUCUGGACGUGCUCAGGAAACGCAGGUGUGUGAAGUUCAGGAAGUGAAGACAAAAUUUUCUCACUGCUGUUUGACUUUUUCAACUCUCGAAGAUAAAAAACUGCAGACA